CUAGGCUUGUCCGUGCCUCAGGCGGCACGAGGAAAGGCAGAGGAUUCAAUUCUGUAGGGGGCAGAGGCGACCACGCGCCGCCUCAAGCGGCGAAGAAGGCAGCCGGGGGCGGGGCAGGGCAUAACCGCCGUUCUGGAGGCCGAAUGUUGGCAGCGUAGGGAACUGGCGUCCGGGAGGGUCGCCGGAGCAGGUCCCUUGCGCAUGCGCUUCUUCAGGUGGGCGUGUGUAAGGCGGGGUCGGACGGGGGAUGGGAGGGCCGUGCUGCUGGUCGCUCCUCCUCCUCCACCCGCUCUGCCUCUCUUGGACCUUGUGGGCCGGGCAGCCAUUUUGGGAAGAGCUUUGUUAUGGUUGUGGACUAGCCGCCUCUGCCGGGUCGACAAGCUGGGGACGCGUCCUCAGACGCUGCGUCUAGUCCCUGGCCAUAGCUCCGCCGCUGCCCGUUGGUGUCUCACCUUUAACUCUCCUUAUGCUGGGUGAAAACAAAGGGAACAACAUCCAGGCAUUACUCUUAACACUUUAUAUACAUUCACUCAUUUAAUCAACAAUUCAAGAGUCUCCAAAUUAGAGUGAUAGAUUCGUGUGGCCUUUCAAAUGAUUGUGAAGUGGUGGAAAUGGAUCCAAAAUAUUAAGUGACUUCUCUACCAAAGCAUAGAAGAUUCUUCAUAUCUCCUUCCAGUGGCUCAAUUUAGAUUUUGGGAAGGAGCAGAACAAGUGAAACACAGAAAACUGAAGAGAAGAAAUCCUCAUUUUGGACCUAUAUUUCUCCUUGACUAUUUCUUAAUAUCCAUCCUACCCAUCUUUCUAAUGUUUUAAGUUUGCUCUGAAUUUAUAAAUAGUAAAGGCCAAAGACAUAGAAUAUACAUUUAGUAGCUUUAUACCAAGAAAUUUGCCUUGAAAGCUGCUGUUCGUGGAGGGAAAAGUAGCAAAUUCCUGUCUAUUUUUAUUUUUUAUUUUUUUUUUAACAAAGACAAGAUUUAUAUCCCUAGAUUUUGAAGGUUAAGGCAAAUAUAAAUACAUAUCUGCACACUAUUUUUUAGCAGUUGCAUGAGUAAGAGUAAUGAGAUUUGUAUUUUAAGGACUUUGUCAUGUGGAUGUUUUGGAGUUGACUGCUCAGAUCUUUUAUAGGGCUUAGUAUUUUUGAUCUAUUACCUUGAUGACAUUAUUUGUCCACACUUGAGCCCAUCUGUCUUUCUAGCUAUGACCUUGUUAUGAACAGUAUUUGCACUCGGUGCAAAUAUCCAUGUCUUACCUAAUUAAGCAACAUCAUAGUGCCAUAACUCAAGGAAGUUGAAUGAGGUGAACAUAGAUACAGCUCUUUCCCCUUCCCCCCCUUUUUAAAUGUAACAAAUACUUUUUAUGUUCCCCUUCCCCCCUUCCCCUUUUCCCCUUUCCCCUUUUGGAAACGUGUCAGGAACCAAAUAGUUUAAGAUGAGCAGUUGAGGGGACUGAGAGAGUGAUCCACACAGAACCUGGCUUCUUCGUGCUUCAUCAUAAGUCGUGCUGCCGGCCAGGUUACUUAAGCACCCUUUUAACAAGGAAACCUUGUGGGAGAUCCAGCUGGCCGACUCGAGUUCAGAAACAGGACCACAGAGGUUACACUCUGGGAUCCUGGCCAUGAGGUUGGAUGCCUCACCUUACUGAAAGGAGACACUGGACCUAAAUGGCGCAGCAUGAUUUUGUUCCUGCUUGGCUAAAUUUCUCAACACCACAGUCAGCUAAGUCACCUACUGCCACCUUCGAAAAACACGGAGAGCACCUACCCAGAGGAGAAGGUAGAUUUGGAGUAAGCCGCCGUCGACAUAAUUCUUCUGAUGGUUUUUUUAACAAUGGUCCCCUACGAACUGCAGGAGAUUCUUGGCACCAGCCCUCCCUGUUCCGCCAUGAUUCUGUGGAUUCUGGUGUCUCUAAGGGAGCAUAUGCUGGAAUCACAGGGAACCCAUCUGGUUGGCAUAGCUCUUCCCGAGGUCAUGAUGGCAUGAGCCAACGUAGUGGAGGUGGCACAGGGAACCAUCGCCACUGGAAUGGCAGCUUCCACUCCCGGAAAGGGUGUGCUUUUCAGGAAAAGCCACCUAUGGAGAUUAGGGAAGAAAAGAAAGAAGACAAGGUGGAAAAGUUGCAGUUUGAAGAGGAGGACUUUAUGCCGAAAGGAAAGAAGGGCAAGGGGAAGAAGUUGGCUCUGGCCCCUGCUGUCGUCAAGAAGCAGAGCCAAGAAAGUGGUGAAUCCGCUGUUUAAGAAAAGGCCUAAGAAUUUUGGCAUUGGACGGGACACCCAGCCCAAAAGAGACCUCACCCGCUUUGUGAAAUGGCCCUGCUAUAUCAGGUUGCAGCGGCAGAGAGCCAUCCUCUAUAUGCAGCUGAAAAUGCCUCCUGCGAUUAACCAGUUCAUCCAGGCCUUGCGCUGCCAAACAGCUACUCAGCUACUUAAGCUGGCCCACAAGUACAGAUCAGAGACAAAGCAAGAGAAAGAAGCAGAGGCUAUUGGCCCAGGCUGAGAAGAAAGCUGCCAGCAAAGGGGAUGUCCCCAGUAAGAGACCACCUGUCUUUCAAGCAGGAGUCAGCACUUCACCACCUUGGUGGAGAACACGAAGACUCAGCUAGUGGUGAUUGCAUAUGACAUGGAUCCCAUCAAGCUGGUUGUCUUCUACCUGCCCUGUGUCGUAAAAUGGGGGUCCCUUACUGCAUUAUCAAGGGGAAGUCAAGAGUGGGAUGUCUACUCCACAGAAAGACCUGCACCACUGGUUGCCUUCACACAGGUUAACUUGGAAGACAAAGGAGGUUUGUCUAAGCUGGUGGAAGCUAUCAGGAUCAAUUACAAUGACAGAUACGAUGAGAUCUGCCAUCACUGGGGAGGCAAUGUCCUGGGUCCCAAGUCUGUGACUCGCAUUGCCAAGCUCAAAAAGGCAAAGGCUAAAGAACUUGCCACCAAUUGGAUUAAAUGUAUACUGUUGAGCUUUCUUUACAUAAAAAAGAAGCCUUCCUUGAAUCCAGAAGCUGGCAAACAGCAUCAGCCAUGCAGACCUAUUGGGACACCUUCUGGAGUAUGGGAAAACCCGCCUAGUGCCAAGCAACCCUCCAAGAUGCUAGUUAUCAAAAAAGUUUCCAAAGAGGAUCCUGCUGCUGCCUUCUCUGCUGCAUUCACCUCACCAGGAUCUCACCAUGCAAAUGGGAACAAAUUAUCAUCCGUGGUUCCAAGUGUCUAUAAGAACCUGGUUCCUAAGCCUGUACCACCUCCUUCCAAGCCUAAUGCAUGGAAAGCUAACAGGAUGGAGCACAAGUCAGGAUCCCUUUCCUCUAGCCGGGAGUCUGCUUUUACCAGUCCAAUCUCUGUUACCAAACCAGUGGUACUGGCUAGUGGUGCAGCUCUGAGUUCUCCCAAAGAGAGUCCCUCCAGCACCACCCCUCCAAUUGAGAUCAGCUCCUCUCGUCUGACCAAGUUGACCCGCCGAACCACCGACAGGAAGAGUGAGUUCCUGAAAACUCUGAAGGAUGACCGGAAUGGAGACUUCUCAGAGAACAGAGACUGUGACAAGCUGGAAGAUUUGGAGGACAACAGCACACCUGAACCAAAGGAAAAUGGGGAGGAAGGCUGUCAUCAAAAUGGUCUUUCCCUCCCUGUAGUGGAAGAAGGGGAGGUUCUCUCACACUCUCUAGAAGCAGAGCACAGGUUAUUGAAAGCUAUGGGUUGGCAGGAAUAUCCUGAAAACGAUGAGAAUUGCCUUCCCCUCACAGAGGAUGAGCUCAAAGAGUUCCACAUGAAGACAGAGCAGCUGAGAAGAAAUGGCUUUGGAAAGAAUGGCUUCUUGCAGAGCCGCAGUUCCAGCCUGUUCUCCCCUUGGAGAAGCACUUGCAAAGCAGAGUUUGAGGACUCAGACACCGAAACCAGUAGCAGUGAAACAUCAGAUGACGAUGCCUGGAAGUAGGCAUAUAAAUGCUCACAGUUAAAUCUGACCCAGUAAACUCUGUGUGUUUAGGGAGUAUACAAAAGAAAUCGUUCUUUUCCUUUUCUUAUGUUGUUGAAUACUUCAUUCACAAGGGAAAUAAUCAUAUCCCAAAGAGAGAGCGAUUGGCUUGUUUUGCUUUUGUUGUUGUUCUUCCCUGUUAUCUGCUUAAUAGAAGUUUGUGUGGUGGGACAGAUUUUUUAAACACACUCACACACACACACACACACAUACACACCCAGUAUAUAUGGGGCGAUGCACAGGUAGGAGCUGGCAGUGCAGGGAAGAGGAGACACUGGUCUGCAGCAACAGCUUCUACUACCAGCCCUUGGGGCACUCACCCCUGUGAUCAAGCAAUCAUUGUCAAUGACAAAGUGACUAUUGAAGUUAUAAUUGUAUUAAAUUAAUGCUAAUAAUUUGGAUAUUUUAUUUUAUUUUUGGCUGCUCGGGUAACUUUAGCCCUUAACCAAGCAUAUGUGGGUUUUUUUGGUUGUUUUUUUGUUUUUGUUUUUUUUCUUUUUCCUUUUUGGGUACAGCUGUAAAAUAUUUGGAUAUAGGAAAUGUUGUGUUAUUCUUGCAGCCUUGAUAUUCAGGGUGGAUUGUAAAAUAUAAAUUUUUGUGAGAUUUCAAAGAUUAAGAUUAUUUUGAUAACAUUAUUUACAGAUUUAAAAGAUGUGGUUAUCACAAGUCUCGAGGGGGAAACUACUGCAUAAAAUAACUAACUUGGAAUAAAUAUUUUGCAUCAGUUUGGA